GCUAGUGGACAAAGUCAAGUGAUGCGUUUAUCAUGGAGUUUAGAUGGUUCAACUUUGGCUUCACCACAUGCUGUAAAUAAUGGAUUCCCGACUGCUAAACUUAUCGAUCGAAAUAAUUGGACACCAUGUUUAGAUCUUGUUGGACAUCGGAAACAUGUUAUAUGCGCG